CAGCAUCCAUAUCUAAACCCCUUUUCCCCCCUAUUUCAUCCGUGCUUUCAUUUUUUCCCAAAUUUCUCCUUCCCAAUUUCGUCUGUACUUCCAUUUCAUCUCCCUUUUCACUUUUUAAUUUUUGUACUUCUUCUUGCAGAUUGUUUUGCUAUGGAUCAUUUUGAAGAUGAGCAUGCUGAUGAAAUCCAAUUCGAAGAGGAAGAAGUCGAUGGAAAAACUCAACGAGGACGGGGACCCUCAAUUCCCAACUGGAAGGAUCAGCCUUGUUCUUUUGAUGCGUUUGGAAAAUGCAUUAGUGAAAAUUCUAGUGCUUUUUCAAAACAUGUAGCGGUGGAGGUUAGAGAUUAUAGAAAUAUUCCGUUGGUGAGAGAUUGGCGUAUGAUCAAGGAAGAUCACAAGGAAGCUUUCUGGAAUAGAAUAAAGGAAACUAUUAUUUUUCAAGAAGAGGAUAUGACGAAAAUGCCAAUGAUCCAUCACAUGGCACUUCAUACUGCGGAGCAUGCGCAUAAAGAGUAUAUAAAUAAAUUAAAAAAAAAAACAUUAUACUGAUAAACCGGUCGAGGAGCACGAGAACACACCUCUUAAUUAAAAACUAAGGAAGAUUUAUUAAAUUUUUUAUUUUUAAUAUUUCUAGUGUCGCUUAUAAGCGACGUC